UGUCCAGAGUUGUUGUCGGGCAAGUGGGUGGUACUGCGCGUUUCAGUGUUUUAUUGUCGCUUGGGUUGAGGUGUGUUGGGUGCUGUUUUGGAACAUUUUCGCCUGGAGGUGGGGGCGUGCGGAAUAUUUAAUAGAGGUGCGAGCAGUGAGCCAUGGCGGAGGCGCCAGACAUCAGCGGUAACGUGACGCCCGGCGGUGGGGCCCAGGUCAAGAUCGGAAACUACAUCCUGGGCGAUACCAUUGGCAAGGGUACCUUCGGCAAGGUCAAAUUUGCUGUUCAUCAGAAGACGCAGAAUCGGGUGGCUGUGAAGAUUCUUAACCGGGAGAAAAUCAAGAAUCUGGAUGUUGCUGGAAAAAUUAAGCGUGAAAUCCAAAAUCUUAAGCUCUUCCGACACCCCCAUAUCAUCAAACUGUACCAAGUCAUCAGCACCCCCACCGACAUCUUCAUGGUGAUGGAGUUUGUGUCGGGCGGAGAACUGUUCGAGUACAUCAUCAAACACGGCAAGCUGAAGGAGCAGGAGGCCCGACGCUUCUUCCAGCAGAUCAUCUCGGGCGUGGACUACUGCCAUCGUCACAUGGUCGUCCACCGCGACCUCAAGCCGGAGAACCUGCUGCUCGACUCCAACCGCAACGUCAAGAUCGCCGACUUCGGCCUCUCAAACAUGAUGAAGGAUGGCGACUUCCUGUCCACGUCUUGCGGAUCUCCCAACUACGCGGCGCCCGAGGUGAUCUCGGGCAGCAUGUACGCUGGGCCAGAGGUGGACGUCUGGUCGUGUGGCGUCAUCUUGUACGCACUGCUAUGCGGCACGCUGCCCUUCGACGACGACCACGUACCCACCCUCUUCACCAAGAUCAAAAAGGGCGUGUUCCCAAUCCCGGACUACCUGAACAAGUCUGUGGUCUCGCUGCUCUGCCACAUGCUGCAGGUGCAGCCCAUGUGCCGAGCCACCAUCGAGGACGUGAGGAACCACGAGUGGUUCCAGCAGGACCUCGCCGCCUAUUUGUUCCCGGAGCCCUCGGAGCAGGACUCGUCCAUCAUUGAUCAGGAUGUGGUGGCCGACAUAUGCACGAAAUUCAACGUGUCGCCCGACGAGGUGCACGCGGCGCUGCUGUCGGAGGACCCGCAGGACCAGCUGGCAAUCGCCUACCACCUGCUCAUCGACAACAAACGACUGGCGGGCGAGCCGGAGAAGUUCGAGAUGCGCGACUUUUACGGCCCGAACUCUCCGCCGCUCACGGCGCCCGUGAAGGUCGGCCCGCUCGCGUUGCGGGCCGAGCCGCCGGCGGCAGGGCCGGGGGAGGGCGGUCGGCCGGUCAGCGCGCCGCUCAAGCGGGCCAAAUGGCACCUCGGCAUCCGGUCCCAGAGCAGGCCGCUCGACAUCAUGCACGAGGUGUACCGCGCCAUGCAGUCGCUCGACUACACAUGGAAGACCAUCAACAACUUCUCCGUUCGCGUGAAGCACCUGAACCCGGUGACGGGUCGCUACGUGAAGAUGGCGCUGCAGCUGUACCAGGUGGACGGACGCAGCUACCUGCUCGACUUCAAGUCGAUCCCCAGCGACGACUCUGCGCCGCCGGCCGCCAGCGCCGCCGCCGGCGCCGCCAUCCCGUCCGUGGAGAUCUGGCCGCCGGUGAACGGGCUGGACGAGAGCGAACAGCCGGCGGCCCAGCCUGCAGCCGGCCUCCUCACCGGUCAGCCGGCCUCCGCGGGAGCCUCGUCCGCCUCCGGAGGAGCCUCGUCAGCCUCCAGCGUCGCCAGCUACUCGUCGUCGAGCUCGUCGGGUGCGGAGGAGACGGGCCCGCGGCCGGUCUCGGCGCCGGCCGGCACGCGCGACGGCCGUCUCUCGCAGCAGAGCUCGGCGGACGCUGCCGCCCCAGCCACGGGCGCCCGCCACUACACCAUGGAGUUUUUCGAGAUGUGCUCGGCGCUCAUCACACAGCUGGCCCGCUAGGCGGCGCUGUCCGUCUGUGGCGGCCGCCAAAGGUGGCGUCGCGGCGGCCUGUUGGAAAACUGCGACGCAAGGAUCGGAGAGUAGCGGACAUGAAGCUCCGAAAGCGUGGGGUUCGCGUGGUGGUACUGCGGCACUCGAAUGCUCACCAUUAACUUGAGGAACUUGGAGCGACGUGUGGUUUGGGUGUUGUGAGCAGUUGUGUCCCGUUUUGGUGAAAGUUAAUUGUCCUGCUGUGCCUGGCGCCGUAAUCGUACGAUAACACGGGCCUGUUCGCCCUGUCAUUAGCGAUCGUUUUACUAAUCUGUGAGUAGUUAGUCGUCUCGCGCAUGUAGUCCGCCGUAAACCGUAGAUUGAACACCCUUCGCGUCGUGAGAUGUUGUGCCGAUACCCACAUGAGUGCAAUGGUAACGUAACCUGGGCGCAUCGGUUGAUUUGACAUUUGAUUUUAGCGGCCAGGCAUGGGUGGUGCUGCCAGUGCUGAGGGGCGGGGACACGGCGCCGCGCCCGUCGCUCCGGGCGAAGCGUCGGGUGCGGUGUGGGUGGUGCUGCCGGUGCUGAGAGGCGAGGACACGGCGCCGCGUUCGUCGCUCCGGGCGGGGCGUCAGGUGCGGUGUGGGUGGUGCUACCCGUGCUGAGGGGCGAGGACACGGCGCCGCGCCCGUCGCUCCGGGCGGGGCGUCAGGUGCGG